CAAUCAGAGCGACGUAUACGGGAUUUGUCGGAAUACGGAAGUGGGAAAAAUAAUAGAGCUACAGUUGAGCUGGAGAAUUGAAUGAUUCAGUUAGCGGCGAAGCUAAUUGUGUUGGGUUAAUACACGGCUAGCCUAUGCUAAGCUAAGCUAAGCUAAGCUAAGCUACUAGGGCAGGUCCAGCGUCUUUCUGCUAUAAGGAUGGAUAUAAGCGAACGAUGACCGGGGAGAAGAAGAAGAAGAAGCGGCUGAACCGCAGCAUUCUGUUGGCCAAGAAAAUCAUCAUUAAAGAUGGAGGCAGUCCACAGGGGAUGGGUGAGCCGAGUGUGUACCAUGCUGUGGUCGUCAUCUUCCUUGAGUUCUUUGCCUGGGGACUCCUCACCACACCCAUGCUCACGGUGUUACACCAGACUUUCCCCCAGCACACAUUCCUGAUGAAUGGACUCAUUCAUGGAGUUAAGGGUCUCCUGUCGUUUCUCAGUGCUCCUCUGAUUGGUGCUCUCUCUGAUGUUUGGGGACGAAAAUCAUUCCUUUUGCUCACCGUCUUUUUCACCUGUGCACCUAUUCCACUAAUGAAGAUCAGCCCAUGGUGGUACUUUGCUGUGAUCUCAGUAUCAGGAGUGUUCGCUGUGACAUUCUCUGUCAUAUUUGCGUAUGUGGCUGACAUCACACAGGAGCAUGAGAGGAGCACGGCGUACGGCCUGGUGUCGGCGACGUUUGCGGCCAGUCUGGUGACAAGCCCGGCGAUCGGCGCGUACCUGUCUCAGGUGUACGGGGACACACUAGUGGUGAUUUUAGCUUCAGCCAUCGCUCUGUUGGACAUCGGCUUCAUUCUGGUGGCUGUCCCUGAGUCCCUGCCUGAGAAAAUGAGACCGGCAUCAUGGGGAGCUCCUAUCUCCUGGGAACAGGCCGAUCCCUUCGCUUCUCUGAGGAAGGUUGGUCAGGACUCCACAGUGUUGUUAAUCUGUAUCACAGUCUUCCUUUCUUACCUGCCUGAAGCUGGUCAGUACUCCAGCUUCUUCCUGUACCUGCGACAGGUGAUUGGAUUCACCUCAGAGACAGUUGCUGCUUUCAUUGCAGUGGUGGGAAUCUUGUCCAUAUUAGCUCAGACAGUGGUGUUGGGGGUGUUAAUGCGCUCCAUUGGGAAUAAGAACACCAUCCUUUUGGGUCUUGGCUUCCAGAUCCUGCAGCUCGCCUGGUAUGGCUUCGGGUCCCAGCCCUGGAUGAUGUGGGCAGCUGGGGCUGUAGCUGCAAUGUCCAGCAUCACUUUCCCAGCCAUCAGUGCCAUCGUGUCCCGAAAUGCAGAUCCUGACCAGCAGGGUGUGGUACAGGGGAUGAUAACGGGGAUCAGGGGGCUGUGUAACGGACUCGGCCCUGCGCUCUAUGGCUUUGUCUUCUACCUGUUCCAUGUGGAGCUGAAUGAGAUGGACGCUGCAGGUGGAGCUGAGAAAGGAACCAAACCCAACAUGGCCAAUCCCACUGAUGAGAGUGCCAUCAUUCCUGGUCCUCCCUUUCUGUUUGGAGCGUGCUCAGUGCUUCUCUCCCUGUUGGUGGCGCUCUUCAUCCCUGAACACAAUGCGCUCUCUCUGCGGCCCAGCAGCUACAAAAAACACACCAGCUCCGCCCAGAGCCACGCCCAUACCCCUCAGGGCGGAGCCUGUGAAGGCAAAGAGCCUCUACUGGAUGACAGCAGCGUAUGAUCCUAUUCACUGCCACUGCAAACACACAUCAGGGUGGAGCUUGUAGGAAAAGAGACCCUAUAAGUUUACAGCAGUGUGUGACUCCACCUACUGCCACCUCAGUUACAUCAGGGUGGAGCUAGUGAGAAAAAGCGACCUGCCUCUUGGACUGGUUCGGUGUCGGAAUCCACCCAUUGCCCCCUGACUCGUAUCUGGGUGGAGCCAGUAAGAGGGAUGGGCCUUUCUACUUGAAAGGUUUUGUGUGACUCCGCCUACUGCCACCUCACACAACAGGACGGCACUUGAGGACUGAAUGACUGCAUUAUUUGACUCCGCCAGUUGUCCAUCAAUCAAACAUUUCUCCUGUGUUUUUGAGCUCAAAUACCUUUAUGGGCGGAGCUUGUGACAAUUCACACAAUGCUGCCAAACACACACAUGCACAAAACCCUUGGUGUUGGAGUCUAUGAGAGGAAAUUGGCUUUUCCUGUAUGCAUGACUCCACCCACUGACCCCACACACACAUCAGGGUGGAGUUUACAGUGGACCAGUUCUGUAGAACCCCACCCACUGUCUCACUACAGCUUCAUCAGGGUGGAGUCUAUGGCAAGUAAAUGACAGAGGUGUAUGACUCCACCCACUGCCCCUUCAAAUGCACCUCAGAGUGGAGUCAGAUACAAGACUCCGCCCACUUUCACCUGUUGUGCCCGCAACACAUUUUUCACCAUACUGACCUCCAUCAGCUGACAACACACUUCAGAAGGUUGUGUGUGAAUGACGCUAGUGUAUACACAAGCCUACACACACACACAGUCUGGUGAAUUUUAUAGGUGUGUGUGUGUCUACAUUUUGUUACUAUGAGGCCAUAUCACUGCGGCUGUGUCCUGAAUGGUGCCCUACAAACACAUGGCGCUUUGGUCUGUGGACACUGUACAGAUUUUUAGAUAUUUCUAUACUUGUGGUGCAUUGUGGGUAAUUUUUUUUUGUUUUGUUAUUAGCUUGUCACAGUGCAUUAUGGGAUUUAGUCCACUUUAAUUGUGGAUCUAACAGAUGCCUAUUGUAGUGCACUAUGUAGUAAACAGGUUUAGGUUUCUGUCAUUCAAACUGCUGCCUUUGUUUACUAUGAGCUGUAAAUCUGUACCUGAUAACGGCUCUGUCUGACUCCUUGUGUGACUCCCGGUCUGACUCCCUGUGUGACUCCCUGUCUGACUCCUUGUGUGACUCCUUGUGUGACUCCCUGUCUGACUCCUUGUGUGACUCCUUGUGUGACUCCUUGUGUGACUCCUUGUGUGACUCCUUGUGUGACUCCUUGUGUGACUCCCUGUGUGACUCCCUGUGUGACUCCCUGUGUGACUCCCUGUGUGACUCCCUGUGUGACUCCCUGUGUGACUCCCUGUGUGACUCCCUGUGUGACUCCCUGUGUGACUCCCGGUCUGACUCCCUGUGUGACUCCCUGUGUGACUCCCUGUGUGACUCCCGGUCUGACUCCCGGUCUGACUCCCUGUGUGACUCCCUGUGUGACUCCCUGUGUGACUCCCUGUGUGACUCCCUGUGUGACUCCCUGUGUGACUCCCUGUCUGACUCCCUGUCUGACUCCCUGUGUGACUCCCGGUCCGACUCCCGGUCCGACUCCCGGUCCGACUCCCGGUCCGACUCCCUGUGUGACUCCCUGUGUGACUCCCUGUGUGACUCCCUGUGUGACUCCCUGUGUGACUCCCUGUCUGACUCCCUGUCUGACUCCCUGUCUGACUCCCUGUCUGACUCCCUGUGUGACUCCCUGUGUGACUCCCUGUGUGACUCCCGGUCCGACUCCCGGUCCGACUCCCUGUCUGACUCCCGGUCCGACUCCCGGUCCGACUCCCGGUCCGACUCCCUGUCCGACUCCCUGUCCGACUCCCUGUGUGACUCCCGGUCUGACUCCCGGUCUGACUCCCGGUCUGACUCCCAGUCUGACUCCCUGUGUGACUCCCUGUGUGACUCCCUGUGUGACUCCCGGUCCGACUCCCGGUCCGACUCCCGGUCCGACUCCCUGUGUGACUCCCUGUGUGACUCCCUGUCUGACUCCCUGUCUGACUCCCUGUCUGACUCCCGGUCUGACUCCCUGUGUGACUCCCGGUCCGACUCCCGGUCCGACUCCCGGUCCGACUCCCGGUCCGACUCCCUCAUGUGUGUCUGUCUCGUGUGUGAUCCAGAAAUACAGCUAACGUGGUUCUAGACCACUGCAGAAAUGAAACUCUGUUAACACUGACUGAAAGUGAAUGACCACCAGUUAUUGAUUUGUGGAUAUUAAUUUUUAGCUCUGUGUGUGUGUGUGUGUGUGUGUGUGUGUGUGUGUGUGUGUGUGUUUUGUACUGUGUGUUUGUGGGUAAAAUGAAGCAAAGUAUUUAAAACUGUAAAGGAAGCAGCCAGCUGCAAAUAACAGAAAAUGAACAGAACAUUAUUUAUUAAAGGGUUCCUGGUUCUCA